GGAAGGAGGGGUGUGCGAGGUGCCCCCAGGAGCGCAGGGCGAUGGCGGAGAGGGCGGGAGCUGCCUCCUCUCGCCCCAGCGAUGCGGGGUACAAAGCCGGCGCUGCCGCCGCGCGGGGCUCUGCGUCCGGCCGUCGCCGGGGCUGGGGCAUCAGCAGAGUCGGAUCCUCGGCAGGCAGCGGCCUUUGAGCUCUGUAAGUUUCGCUUCGGGAGGAAACGAAAGUAGAAGGCGGAGCGGCGGCGCGGCCAUGGGGGAGCACUGGCAGUACGCGGGCAGCGGGGAGUAUAUUCCCCAGGACCAGUUUGAGGAGAAUUUUGACCCAAGUGUCCUUCUAGCAGAGACACACCUGCUCUCUGAGCUAACGUGGGGUGGCAGACCUUAUAAGCACUGGUAUGAAAAUACUGAACACUGUCAUGCAGAAAUCCACUUCCUGGAGAACUUCAGUUCCAAGAAUAGAUCCUGCACCAUCACCUGGUACCUGUCCUGGAGUCCCUGUGCGGAGUGCUCUGCCAGAAUUGCAGACUUCAUGCAGGAAAACACUAACGUGAAAUUAAACAUUCAUGUAGCACGGCUCUACCUUCAUGAUGACGAACACACCCGUCAGGGUUUACGGUAUCUGAUGAAGAUGAAGAGAGUUACCAUACAAGUCAUGACCAUCCCAGAUUAUACAUACUGUUGGAAUACCUUUUUGGAGGAUGAUGGCGAGGAUGAGUCUGAUGAUUAUGGUGGAUAUGCAGGUGUUCAUGAGGAUGAGGAUGAGUCUGACGAUGAUGACUAUUUACCCACGCACUUUGCUCCAUGGAUAAUGCUGUAUUCUCUUGAACUCAGCUGCAUCCUUCAGGGCUUUGCACCUUGUUUAAAGAUCAUCCAAGGCAAUCAUAUGAGUCCUACCUUCCAACUUCAUGUCCAAGAUCAAGAACAAAAAAGAUUACUUGAGCCAGCCAACCCCUGGGGAGCUGACUAGUUGGCAAGGGCCAUGAGUACCUGAACCAGGCCAUCAGCUGAUUGCCAGAAACCAGUUUCCAGAAAAUGAAGCUCCAUCACAUGCGGGGAUGAGGGGGAAGGGGAGGGAAGUAUGCUGUCAGUUUGGGGACAACAGUGUCCUAGGCCCACUGCUCCACACAUACCACAUUUCCUCUGUUUGUGGAUCUCUGUGGUCUGGGUUACCUGGGAGAACAGUCCUUAAACACGACUGUAAUGUCCUAACAUAAGAGUGUAGACCUUUGGGUGGGUGAAUUCAUCCUAAGUAACGAGUACAGUUCUUUGAAAAAUUCCUCCAUUUGCUAAGAGCAGUCAUGUAAGCUGGUAUUCAUCAUUAUGGUGUAAGCCCUUUAUUGCAGAAGUCAUUGGCUGAACUGUCCUACAAAAUUAUGAAAGUUAUGAACAGUGUAUCUCACAAAUAUCUUUGUCCAUAAGAAGGACUGUGGUUCAACAGGCUGGUUUGAGUAAAAAAACCCAGAUGUAGCACUACUAAACCAUGCUUUCUGAAAAACAAAGCUAGCAUUUUUUUUAGGCGCUACCUUUGCAUUCAUAUCAACACCCCUAUAAAGUAACAGAUGCACUUAGAAACAACAUACCUCCAAUUACUGUUUAAAUGUAAAAUUAAUAAGGGGAUUUCCAUUAAUCAUGGUUAAGUGCCACACUUGGACUUUGGAAGAAGUCUACUUGCAUGGUCCAAAAGUUGCCAGUGAUUUUCAACCUGUGGUCCGCAGACCCCUGGGGGUCUGAAGAUGACUGUGAUCAAUCAAAAGUGUAUGAAUACCCACACUUACACUUCAAAGGGAUCCAUACUUCCAUUCAAAAUUUCCAAAGGGGUCCACAAAUAUAAAAAGUUUGAAAACCAUUAUGCCUUUCUGUAAUAGUAAGAGCUUUGCUAAUAGCAAGAGUUCUGCACGCUGAUUCUAUAGUAGACCAGUGAAGCGGCACGUAGACUCCUGCUCUGUGAGCGUGACUGAACUAUGAACUUAGAUAGCUGAAUGUUGUAAUACCCUGGAAUGUAGUAAACACCAGGUGUGUUAGAUCACGACUCAUUCCUAAAUUCCUAGCUUAAAAUAACUAAAUCCCUAGCUCGAGAUAACAUUAUUUACUCUAGACUAUGUAAGCUGUACAUUCUUAAAUUACAAUGGGGUUCCUCAGCUCUGGCAAGAGUUCUGACUUGUGCGGAGCCCCGGCGCAGGCUAUUGCAUCUUCGGGAUCGAGACACUCCGGGGCCAGGGAAACCAUGUGGGGUGGCGGCUGCCGCCUAAGGCCGAUGUGAGGUAACUGUCCUCUCUUCUCUGUUCUAUUGCCUGCCUCUGCAAGUAUCCUUAAAUAAAGCUUUGCAAGGGUGAAAACAA